UCUACUCCGCUGUCAACUGUCAAAGUCGUUUCGUUUAUUAUUAAUUGUUGCUUGCUAACAAAAUAAAAUUGUAUAAAAAAAAUAAAAGUGUAAAUCGUAAAUAUUGCAAGCAGUUGAUUAUUGCACAAUUAUGGAUCUCAUGCAACAAUUGACCAAACAGCUCGAGGAGCAGAAUGCCAAAGCUGAUGAGCUAGAGAACAGCGCGAACUUUCGCUCGGUGUUUUCCAUUAAUGGAAAUCCCAUAAUGCCGCCACUAAUGACGCCCGAGCGUCGCCUGGAGAUGCAAAAGCAUCGCGAGGCUGCCAAGCAAAUUGAGGGACAACUGUGUGAUGGAGAUAGAAGUGCGAAUCAAAGCAAAUGUUCUACGCUUAGGAUGCGCACUGGCUGCCGUCAGUUUGUGGAUGCCAGCACCAAUACAGAUUCUUUAUCGGAUCUGGAUUCGCAACUGAGAGCGCAGCCAUUGAUCAUCAUGGGACGCUUGAAGCAAACGCUGCAAAGAAGUGAACCUUUGAUCUUUGAUAACAGUUGCAAUGCAAUUAUGAAAUUUGUGAAGCACACUGAUCUGAAGAAGCCACAAGCUAUGCAGUGGCAGCUGCUACUAGAACAGUGUUUAGAGAUGAAGCAGCAAACAGCUGUGAUCAAGCAGCAAGCGGCAGAGUUUGCGCUAUCAACGGCAGAGAUCGAGACGCAGACGGAAGCUGAGGCAGCAAAAGAGAUUGAAGAAGUAAAAGAAGAAAUCGUAGAAGAGAAAAAGGUUAUUCAAGAAGUUGUCAUGGAAGCGGCAACUAAAGACAACAACAAAGAACUCUCUUCCAUGAAGACGCUCUUGAAUAUCACACAGCGGUUGAAGCAGCACAUUACGCAUACGCAACGUGAACUGCGUCGCUUUCCCACCAUACCGCUGAUCGCGUGCAAAAUUGAGAAAUCUUUUUCGGAAACUUGUUCGCAGCCUCGUCAGGAGCGUCUGCAUCCGCAGCUGUGGAAACGUUAUCACUCUUAUCCCUACAGCGAAAGUUGCCAUCCAACGGAUUGCGCUGCGCCCAUUUCUCCCAGUGGCAACAUGAAUUUGCCACUUGUGCCGAAACCAGAUGAUGCCCCAAUGAGCAACAUGCAAAUCAAGCAGCGCAUGGCGGCAGAAGAUCAGCAAACACUGGCUGAUCACAAGCUAAAGUCGAAGCAGAAAUUAAGCAGCUCAAAGAGCGGCAGGCCGAAGAGUGUUGUGGCAAGCAGCAUAGUACACAAGUGUGCGGCACAUGCCUCAUCGCAUGCGAAUGCUGAUGGCAUGAGCAGCACACAGCGGCGUCUCAGCUACGAUCCACGUGCCACACUCAAGCGUGAGGCAGCACUAAAGAAAGCGGCCACAAAUCAACAGCAGCAGCAGCAAUCGAGUCAAGGCAACAACAACUCGGAGCUGACGAAGCGCAAACUGCUCGAUGAAAUGGAGCAACAGCAACGUCAACGCUUCCAUCAGCUGAUGUCACAGCAGGCAGAGGAACAGCAGCGCAUGCAACAAGAGUUUCAAUCGCAGCAACAGCUGCUCAUGGAUCAAAUGGUCUCCGACAUGAGCACUUACACCUACGACAAGUUGGAGCACCCUGAGCCUGAUUCCGAUUGCAGUUCGAUCACUUCGUUGCCGCAAAGUCGCGUCGAAUUGGAUGACGAUGUGCUUGAUAAAUAAAUAUGGGACUUAAAAAAGUCAUCACUGCACAAAAAAUAAAAA